AGAUAUCCUUAAAUUACUACUUUUUACAAACUAUAUGUACCAUUUUUGAAAUUCUAUCAAAAUUAACAUAUCAGACAGAAACACCAUUAUUGCCUUUUGUUUUCUUCACGUUCCAUAUCACCGAUUCCAAUCCACGAAAUUUCUCCAAGAUUUCCAAGGUCAGCGGAUUGGUGGAAGUUUGAACAAUCAGUGGUUUGCAACUUUGGGAGGAGCAACAGAGGCACGGUUGACUUUCGAUUCUCCUGAUCCACUGAAUAAGGAACGGUGUUCAAAUUUUAAUUACUUCUAUUCCUUCCGAUUACUUGAUACCAGAACUACAUCCACUUCAAUGGCGGAACCAAAGAAGAUAAUCAUAGACACCGAUCCUGGCAUUGACGAUGCCAUGGCAAUAUUUCUGGCAUUAAGGUCACCAGAAAUAACAGUGAUUGGGCUUACGACUAUUUAUGGCAACGUUUACACCACACUUGCCACUAGAAACGCAUUGCAUCUGUUGGAGGUUGCUGGGAGAACAGAUAUCCCUGUUGCAGAAGGAUCUCAUGUCAGUUAUAUGAAAGCCACAAAGCUUCGAGUUGCAGACUUUGUCCAUGGAGUAGAUGGACUUGGAAACCAGAAUUUUCCUCAGCCAAAGUCAAAGCCAAUAGAAAAGUCAGCUGCAGAAUAUUUGGUGGAGCAGGCUAAUCUUUACCCUGGAGAAAUCACUGUGGUGGCAUUGGGUCCCCUUACCAAUAUUGCAUUGGCGAUUCAACUGGACCCCACAUUCACUAAAAAAAUUGGACAAAUAGUUCUUCUUGGUGGUGCUUUUGCAGUAAAUGGGAAUGUGAAUCCAGCUUCUGAGGCUAAUAUUUUUGGUGAUCCAGAAGCUGCUGAUAUUGUGUUUACUAGUGGAGCUGAUGUUGUGGCUGUUGGAAUCAAUGUUACUCAUCAAGUUAUUAUGAAAGAUAGUGAGCUUGAAAACAUGGCAGAAUCAGAAGGAAAAUUUGCCAAGUAUUUAUCCAAGAUCCUGGAUUAUUACUUUUCUUAUCAUCGUGAUGCAUACAGCAUGAAAGGUGUUUACCUACAUGAUCCUACAGCACUUCUUGCAGCUGUUAAUCCUUCACUGAUGACAUACACAGAAGGUGUUGUCAGAGUCCAAACAACUGGCAUCACAAGGGGUCUAACCUUGUUUUUCAACAAACAGAAAAGGUUUAAUGAAGCGACUGAAUGGAACAACAAACCGACAGUGAAAGUGGCAGUGACAGUUGAUGCUCCUGCAGUUGUGAAAUUAGUAAUGGAUCGCCUCAUGAAUUCAUAACCUCCAUUCAUUUUUUUUUUAAAGUUGUUGACAUAUUGUCUAAUAAAAACAUUUCUAUUUCAAUUCAUAUGAAUUAUUUGUCCCUAA